AAGCCACGUUUUGAACUCUGAACCAAUUCUCGUGUGUAGAGCUGGAUGAAGAUCAUGACGACUGGUGGAGUUAGCGGCGAGGGAGAGGGAGGAAGGGAUGGAGAGAGAGAAGGAGGACACAGGAAAAUGGCGAAUGCUCUCUCUCACAUCUUGUCUUCUACUGAGGCCGGGAGAGUAAGUUUUUUUUAUGCACAGGUCACGUGAAACUUAGUAGCUAGAAUAGAAUAGAAACCCCUUUGGAAGUGCCCUUAUUUGGUGGUAACAAUACACUAAUGUAUUAGUAUGGGGUAGAAGUAAGUGUCCUUUAUAAAGAGGUGUCAUUUAUUCAGAGGGUCCUUUAUACUGUAUUAUUGAGAGAGGCUUUGUGUAUCAAUGUCUCCUCAGCAGCAGCGGGAGAUGGGUAGGGGGAAGGUGGGGAAGAGAGUCAGAGAUGGAAGGAGUCCACCAGUGAGGAAGAGAAGAAGACAGCAGCAAAUAAUGGCAGACUCUGGAUCAGAGGACGGAGGGGUUUCCCCCAGUUCUGAUGAUGAUGAUGUCGUCAGUACUGCUGGUGAUGUCGUGGCCAGUUGCCGACGGUUACCAGAUGCAUCGACGCUUGACUACGAACGCAGACUCCAGAAGAUAGCAACUACUGGUGUGGUGCAGCUAUUCAAUGCAGUAAGCCAACACUCCAAACAGCUCCAGACACAAGUAAAGGCAGCCGGCCCCGGCACUUCUCAGAAGAAAAAGGCCAAAGGUCAGU